AUGCAGGCCUUGAAUGUGCUCGAGGAGAUGUCCCUGUACCUGAUCCCACUGCAGAACUGGACGAGUCCAAGUGAGUUUGGCAUCGAUAAGGAGGAUAAGAUCCGCAUAGGGGUGGAAACCAGCUGGCGGCUCAUACAGAAGCUAAUAAACGACUCGGAGUUCAUGUUGGAUGAGAUUACGGAUUCAGGCCAGCCCAGAUCGAAUGCUAAUGCUCAAACUGUCGGCUUUGAUGCUACGGGCACUCCCACUCUUCUACCGGCGCUUUCGAUGGCCUCCACUCCAUCUAAGAACAGUACCAAGAAUUCCCCCACCAAUGCGGUUCGGCAGUGUAUCGUCCACUCGCAUCGGUUUAAGGACAGCGAGGAGUCGUCCUCAGGGGCUGCCAGAGAGGGCUCUACCGAAACUAAGAAGUCGUCUGGGUCAGCUACGCGAUCGAGUAGUGGUGAGAACUCCAAACGUCGCGAAGGGUCUCUGGAGAAGGCCAACAGAGGGGCCGCCGCUCCGGAGCUACGUGCUCAGCUGAGACAGGCUAUGCGGGAUGGCAGUGAUUGGCAUCCCAAACUGCACGAGACGGUUGCUCAAAUAACCGGCAUGAAAAGUACCAGUAAGUGUGUGCGUACGAGGAUCUACGUCACGAGCGCCUCUACUAUGCACAGUCUACUGAAUGUGUUGGUGAAUGGCGAUGAUGAGCAUAUGAAGUCGCCCAUAGAUCCUGCUAUGAUUAGGGAUAUCACGGACUUGCACUAUCUCACUCACAUAUCCUUGCGCGUUUUUGAGGCAGACGACUACGAUGGCCCCUCUAAUGUACAUGAUAACGAGCGGAGGAAUCGGACAGUGAGCUCGCAGAGUACUCGCCAGGACUUGACCCGGUACCGUGUAGAGAUAGGGCUGUCUCCAGGAGUGCAAGUGGUGGACCAAACGGCGACGGGUCUCCAAAUCAAUCACUACCCUCCUGGGAACCGUAUCAGGGAGUCCGAACUUGAGGUUGCUCCGUUAAAGCCUGUUAUUAACAUCGGCACGUUGAAGAACUACUAUACGCUACAGGAGCUCGAUACUUAUCUUACAUCGACCUUGGCUAAGUUCCAUCACUGUGUGGAUUCGGACAGUGAGCCUGAGACUGAUAAACAUCCUGACGAUGGAGAGAGGAGUAUGUCGCCGAUGGCAUUUGAGUCAACGACCUCAUAA